AUCAUAGCCGUGCGCCCACCGCGUACACAGCGUUUUACUAUUGCUCUGCUAAUUUUAUUCAUGUUCGUGGUUAAAAUUCAUUUCUACAUCAAUUUUUUUUUUGUAGUAUACUUUCUUCAGGUUGACAUUCAAUCCAGUGAUAUUUAUAUUAGUGAAUCUAAACGACGUCAAGUGCUAUGUGCUAAUAACUUGUAGAAAUAAUAGAUCACUUCGCAUUGUGAUUAACCUGGCCGAGUUGGUGAGUCAUUUUUUGCCAUUGCUCGUCGCUCGGUACUAGUCGUCCGCCCGCCUCACCCCGCCCCGCCGCCACCGCUGCCGCAAGCUCGUUGUGCACUCAAUUCUCAUCGCUACGUGUGCUGCGCAAGCACUAGUAUAUCGUGCGUGCAUCAUCGUUACCUAAGAUAAGAGCCGAGCUGCGCAUUGCGUGCGUACCUACUAAUCGUCACUUUUUGUUUUGAGUUGAGUUGUUUGCUGUUUGGUGAGACAUUUUGCGCGCAGGAUGCCUAAUAUAAAUUGUGCUGGAUGUCCUAACAUUAUUAAAAAUAAUGAAUAUGUCCAAUGUAGAAUAUGUUCUUUAUCUUAUGAUAUUAUUUGUGCAAAUUUAACUUUCAAGAAAUUCUGUACUAUGUCCAAGCAAAGCCGGCUGGACUGGCAAUGUCAAGCCUGCCUUAAUAAACGUCCGAAAGCCGAUAAUCAGAAUACGCCAGUGCGUACUACAUCGGAGGCACAUUCAGACGUCGAUCUAGCUGCUAAUUCUUCUAAGCCUAGUAAGCGAUCGCGGUUUACCUCACCCGAGGUUGACUUGGAUAUGGACGAAUCUAAAGAGAGUUGUUGUCGAAUGGCAAAUUUGAAUGAGCUUAUAAUUAGUGCUUUACGAAGUGAAGUACCCAAAAUAUUAGAGGGUUCUUUGAUAAAGGAACUGGAGCCAAUUAAAAAUCAAAUCAGCGAUGUACUGAGUUCUAUUGAAUUUAUAAAUAAAAAGUACGAGGAAAUGAGUAAUUUAUUAAAGAGUCGCGAAGAAGACAUUAAGCAAUUAAAAUCGGAAAAUAUUCAACUACACAAUACGGUCAAGGAUUUGCAUAGCCGGCUUGGCGCUCUAGAGCAGCAUAGCCGCGAAGCUAACAUAGAGAUACACGGUUUGCCGGAACACCGUUCGGAAAAUUUAGCUCAGACUGUAACUCUAAUUGGGAAAGCUGUGUCCCAUCAGAUACAGGAUGGAGAUGUCCUAUCUUGUUUCAGAGUGGCUAAAAUGAAUGUAAAUAGUAAUCGUCCUCGCUCGGUGGUUGUGAAACUUCGCAGUCCCCGUUGUCGCGAUGCCUUUCUUGCUGCGGUAUGGUCAUAUAAUAAGAAAAACCAGGAGAAACUUAACACGGGUGUGAUUGGUAUUGGCGGAGAUAAGAAACAACUAUAUGUAGCUGAGCAUUUAUCUCCUGAAAAUAAAUCUCUGCAUGCUGCUACGCGUAUCAGAGCCAAAGAGCUUUCAUACAAGUUUGUGUGGGUAAGAAACGGGAGAAUUUAUGUCAGGAAAAAUGAGUCAUCGCAACCUAAAUUGAUAAAUAAUAAAGACAGUUUGUGUUUGUUGUAGCCAUAUAGAAGACAAGUGGUGGCAUUUACCUUUCAAAAUUCAUCAAUAUUUAUUAUCAAAAUUUACGAGGCAUGCGUACGAAAACCAACAAUAUCUAUAAAAAUAUUUUAUUAAAUAAUUAUGAUGUUAUAGUAUUCACAGAAACUUGGCUGAAUAUUGAUGUGUUAAAUAGCGAAUUUAUUGAUAGUAGAUACCAAGUAUAUCGGAGGGAUCGUACGCAUUCCGAGUUUUAUUCUAAGGUUGAUGGUGGCGGGUUGUUGAUUGCCGUUCGUAAAGAGAUCAUGAGUAGGCGAAUGGCCGAUAGCGAAAGCUCUUGUGAUGACCUAUGGGUUGAAGUCGAGUUGAUUGAUGGCAAAAUCGUUAAAAAAAUUGGAAUUUGUGCGGUGUAUACAGUUUGUAGUUCAUCGCCUAUGAAGUUAAAAGAAAUUAAUACAUUCUUAGACAAUACAUCUGAAGUGGCUUGUUUACUGGAUGACAUUAUUGUUAUCGGCGAUUUCAACAUGAGAUUUUUAACUUGGUCUAAGGCACAGAAUGCAGACUGUAUGGUCGCCAACAAUUAUAAUAGUGAGCUUGGAUACGCUCUCCACGACUUUAUUGCAAUUACAGGCCUGAACCAGAAAAAUUCAGUUCUAAAUUCUGAGAAUAGAAUGUUGGAUCUAGUUUUAACGAAUCUAUCAUGUAAAGUUUCGCAAUCUUCAUGUUUGAUAAGUAAACUGGAUCCUCGACAUCCGCCUCUUUCAAUAUCUUUAGAUCUAAAAACAUAUAACUUCUUAGAUUCAGUGCCUCGUUCUGAUUAUAAUUUUUAUAAGGCUAACUAUUUAGAUAUUGUGUCCGAAUUGAAGAAGGUGGAUUGGUACGAGCGUCUGAAUUGUUGUGAGGGAGUGGAUGAAGCAGUGGAAAUGUUUUAUAAUAUUUUGCAUAAUACGAUAGAAAGAUUUGUUCCGAAACGUAAACAGCGAAAUCAAGCUUACCCAACCUGGUUUACAUAUGAUUUGAUCCGUUUGUUGAAAGAAAAAGAUAAACUCAGAGUUAGAGUACGUAAACAUAAUAAUCCUCGCGAUCGUUUAGAGUUAGAUAUAGUUAGGAAACGUGGUAAAAUGUUGCUUUCGACAUGCUAUAGAAAUUAUAUCGAUAACACUGAGUCAAACAUAAAGAAAAACCCUAAGGCCUUUUGGACUUUUAUUAAGCAGAGAAAAAGCUCAUCGCGUAGCGCAAUUCCCUCUAUGUUGCAUUCUGAAGAAACGGGUGCUGCCGGCACUGGUCAGGAAGUGGUUGAUUUGUUCGCAUCUCAUUUUGGGUCUAUUUAUAAUGACAAUACUCGUGGGGACUUGAACAACAGUUAUAUGGUUGAAAGCCCACAUUAUACUAAUAAAAUUGGCUUAAUUCAAUUCAGAGAAAGUGAUGUUCUUAAGGUACUUAAAAAACUAAAUCCAAAUAAAGGCGCUGGGCCCGAUAAUAUCCCCCCGCUUUUUGUUAAGCGAUGUGCGGAGGUAUUAUCAUACCCCCUUACUUUAAUAUUUAAUUACUCCUUACGUAGUGGCUGCUUCCCUACCAUUUGGAAACGCGCUAGAAUUGUUCCAGUAUUUAAAAAGGGUGAUAUAAGUUACGUAAAAAAUUAUAGACCUGUAUCUAUUCUGUCUACGUUUUCAAAAGUAUUUGAAUCACUUGUGUGUCCAAUACUCACAAACCACACAAAAACAGUAAUAACUCAAGACCAACAUGGUUUUCAAGAAAAAAAGUCUGUUGCCACUAACCUCCUUUCAUAUGUAACACCGAUUAUGAGUGAGGUGGAUUGUAACCGCCAAGUGGAUGCUGUUUAUACAGAUUUUUCUAGCGCUUUUGAUAAAGUAAACCAUUCUAUAUUGUUGGACAAGCUUCGAACUCAAUAUGGCAUAUGUGCUUCGCUUUUGAGCUGGUUCCGUUCAUAUCUCGCUAAUAGAGAACAGUCUGUUGUCGUUAAUGGAUAUGAAUCUUCACCCUAUAUUGCAGCAUCUGGUGUACCUCAAGGUUCGCAUCUUGGCCCAAUUUUGUUCAUUUUAUUCAUUAAUGAUAUCACUCAGUGUAUUAGAAACUGUAAUUGCUCGUUGUUCGCAGAUGAUAUGAAAUUGUCCCGUGUAAUAGUGUCAGCGGAUGACCAAUUGCUGUUACAGGAGGAUUUGGAUAGAGUUUCACAGUGGUGUCUGAGUAACAAUAUGGUGUUGAAUAUAGGUAAGUGUCAACACAUUACUUUCACAAAAAAAAGAAAA